CAAAUUCAGACUUAGCUUUUAGGCAAAGUAAUAUAAUGGACGCUAGGGAGGGGAGACUGAAGAAGGUGAGAUGGGAGAACAGAAAAACGAGUGUCUUCAAAAAAGGGAGAGAAUUAGCUACAUUGUGCGAUGUCCGGCUCUGUGUAGUUACAGUUUCUCCAGACGGAAAGGUGGAAACUUGGCCGGAGAAUGCGGCGGCCGUCUAGGCUGUUCUUCUUGACGCCGUCAAAGCAGCGGCAGAGAAACAGAGUAUGUGCCCCAGAAAGCAGCAGCAGCACCCGAAACAGAGGGAGAUUUCAGAUGGGACGAUGAUCAGUACUGAUGAUUAUGACGUCCAAGAAGUAGUAAUGGAGGUGGAAGGCGGCGCCGGCGGCAGUAAUUACUACUAUAAUAAUGACGGGUUUGGAGCUGCACCCAUGAUAGCAAGUGAUGUGAAUACUAAUUAUUGGUGACAACUCCGGUACCUUUCUAAAAAAUGGGGUACCGUACCUAUUAUUCAUUUGAUUGGACCACACCAUUUUAUCAUUUUUAAUUUAGAUUUAAAUAAUUCAACUGCUACAUUCUCAUUGGUCCAUGUGGACAAAGGUAUGGUACCUUAUGGGUACCAUAGAAUCUACCCUAAUUAUUAUCAUCAACAAGAUUCAAGCUCAUCCUCUACCUCCUCCUCCGGCGGCGGCUGAUGUUUACGGACAGUAUUAUCCGGUGCCGGAAUAUAACGGGGAGUCCAGCAAUCAUCAGCAGUUUCAUGAUCAUCCUCCUCCUUUCUGUACUGGAGAUUACGACGGUUAUGGCUCUGGAUGGCAGCAGCCACAAAACCAGUGGACUCAAAGCGAUGGCUUUUCUUUUGGCGCGGCUGAUAAUGAUUCUCUAGGCGGCGGAAUGAUGCUGCAGCCGCCCCAGUAUGCUGCCGGCCCCGAUCUUACUGGAUUUGGGAACUUUCAUCAUUUCGGUGAUUACUAGCUACGCUUGAAGUAUGUAGUGCUACGUACGAUAGUAUUUACUUCACUUCAAUUCGUCUAGUAGCUCUCACUCACUACAUAAGAAAUUUAUUGGAUGAAAAAAUAGUUUAAUGCUGUAAUUGGGAUUUCAUGUUUUUUUUGAAUGGAAAAGUCAUAUAUUAA